UCCACAUAAGAAUAGUCAUCAUCCAUCACUAAUAACACAAAAUAUUAAUUAUGUAUGAUGACCGGGUCACCAUGCCGAUUUCGGAUGACCCGAGCCAUGACCUGGACCCGAUCCAAAAUAAUGACCGAUUUUAUCUUUAAGACCCUUACCCGACUCUAAACCUAGUAAAAUCACACCAAAUUAGUUCCUAAAGUGUUCGAAGUCGAGUCGGACAGGACCAUGCACACCCCUAAAACCUACUCCCGCCACACCUCAUUAAGAUAAAUGCAAAUUCUUUUUUAUUUGUGCCUUUAUGAAAGGCAUUUUAUCUCCAGGUAUUCUUAGAUAUUAAUUGAUGUUUUUUAAAUCUAACCACAAAAAUGACAUAACAAAAUAAUCAUAACUAAAUUUAACCUAUCCAAUACGAGGCUCAUUUUUUUUGAUAUGAUUUAUUGGUGUGAGUUUAGCUGGAUUAUGAUCAUUACAGGUGAAUUACACUGUUAUGACGGCGUUGAGUUUGGAAUUUUGUGGGAAAGAAAUCGGACCCACCGAUUUCAAGCCAGUUGAGGAAGGAACACAAAUCGGUGGGUCCGAAUUGUAUGAGGUUGUUGAGCUUGAAAUCGGUGCCACCGAUUUGUGGGUUUACAAAGAGGGAGGAAAUCGGACCCACCGAUUUCUAGGGACCGGAAUUUUUUUUUUUUAAUCCGGGAGGGGACCGGUCGGACCCACCGAUUUCUGAUGCGCACAAAUUUCGAAACGAAUGCGGUCGGUCCCUACGAUUUGCCUGUAAGUGCAUUCUUAAAAUGAAAAAUAUCACAAAAGUCCCAUUCAGUUCUUCGUAGCCGUCCCAGCUAUUCUUCCUCUCCUCGUCCCAGCUGUUAUUCGUCUCCUCCUCUCAUUUUUCUUUCUUUUUUCCUCGUUGUUGAAGUAGAAUAAAUUUCUGGAAGAGUGAGUUUAGUCAGGUACGUAUACUAUUAUGGAUGAUAGAGUUGUGUUGAAGAUUUAUUAUUACGGGCAGAUUUUAUUGGAAACAUAUGAGGGGGUUCAAUUUGUGUGUGAGAAUCCAUUAGAUAUUGUUAUUCCGUUCACAUUAUCAUUUGAGGAAUUGAAAGGGGUGAUUUGUGAGAAGAUAGAUUCUCAAAGAUUUAGGAGAGUAUCGUGUAUUUUGUACAGGUAUCCGUUAUCUGUGUUUGGUGGGUUCAUUCAAUUUCAGACCAAGUACGUCACAGAUGAAGCGAGUAUGCAUGAAAUGUUUUCAUUGUAUAUGGAUAAUCGCCACUGAAUGUCGUGCAUCGAGUUGUAUAUUGAGUUUGAGCAAUCCGAAGCAGACCGUAACAUUGAAUUGGAAGAUUAUAAUAGUGAAAGCGAGGAUGAAUUUGAAAGUAACUACGAGAUCGUUGGUCCAGGUGAAGACGAAGAUGAAACUGGCGGUGAUAUGAACGCAGAUGUGGCAGAAGUUGCAAAUGCACUAGCAAACCCGCAUCCGUUUCAGGAGCCUUCUUUCAUGCGGUCGUUGGAUUUGGAGGCUAUGCACGCACCGGAGUUUUCGCAAUAUAUGAAUUCAGCCCUUCUUGUUGUGGCGGAUGGUGAAUUCACAGUGGGGAUGGAAUUCAGUUCAAGGGAGGCAGUAAUCAAGGCAAUGAAAGAUUAUAGCAUCCGAAGAAGUUUAGACUAUCGGGUAUAUGAGUCGGAACCCACGACAUUCUAUGCCAAAUGUACAGAAUAUGGCAAUGGUUGUGACUGGUUGAUCAGGGUAACCAAAAUGCAGAAGAAGUACUGUUGGGAGAUAAGGAGGUACAAUGGAAGUCACACGUGUACCAGGUCAACUAUUUCUCAAGCCCUCGGUACCAAUCCAUGUAACUUUCCAAUUGAUAAUGUAAAGGCAUCAAGUCAUCAGAGAGAAUGUGACUAUACCGGUUGGUCCACUGCAUCACCCAAGAAGAGUGGGUAUUGGCCCAAUCUUGAUUCUUAGGCCCAGUUAGAACUUUGCCGUAUGAUGCACCUAAAUUCUGCUCUAGAGUAGGAACACCCUGUCUCAUACCAAAUUGCCUCAUGACUCUAUCAGUUGCAUGCCACUCGAUGCAUUCAAAGGAUAUAAGUGGCACUCUGGCACUCCAAAUAACCAAAUUAUGACGGAUGGCUAAAGGAAUCAAGUCUGGGUCAAUGUCUCCAAUGCCAUAAGGCUGCCAAACAAACUGGACACAUGGAACAAUUCAGAUGAGUACCCAAAAAUUAACUCACUUAACAAGCUACAUACGGUAUUAGUAUUUUACAACAUACCUGUCCUUCUUGUAGAUCAUCUAACAACCUCCUGUAAUUUUCAAGCGAAGUGUAUCGGUAGCCAUAGUUUUCACCCUCCCAGUCACGCCACCUGCCGUCCGACAAUUAAUUAAUUGACUUAUCUUGUCAAAAACAAAUUACAUUAUCUAGAACUUCUUUCAAUGCAUACUAUAAUCACAAUUACCUGUUUGCAAUUGGAAACAAUCGGGGAUUGCCGGGAAUCGGCGCUAGAAAUGGUAGCCGGAUCCAAGCCCAAGUAAGCAACAAUGUCAGUGGCCCGUCAAUCUUCUUGCACUCGACACGAGUUGCCCUACACAAUGACCUAUACAAGUGUGCUAGGCAUGCCGAACCCCAGCUAAACUGUAUGAUUCCACCAAAAUUAUGGAGCAAAGGUAAAAAUUUCCAAUGCACUG